AUGACAGAACGAGGCCCCGAUGUCUGGCUUGAGGAGGUGCUCAAGUGCCAGUACCUGCCGGAAACUGACAUGAAGCAUCUGUGCGAAAAGGUUAAAGAGCUUCUGAUGGAAGGUGAGGAGCGGAUCCAGUACAAACACCGGUCACAGUCUGCGGAUAUACACGGCCAGUUCCAUGACCUGCUCGAACUGUUUCGCAUUGCAGGUGGCAUGCCCGAUGAUGUCAACUAUAUCUUCCUAGGAGAUUUUGUCGAUAGAGGAUACUUUAGUUUAGAAACAUUUACACUGUUAAUGUGCCUGAAAGUCAAAUACCCUAAUCGUCUGACACUGGUGCGUGGAAACCACGAGAGUCGUCAAAUCACACAAGUGUACGGAUUUUACGAAGAGUGUCUGAACAAGUACGGAAGCACGACUGUGUGGAAAUACUGUUGUCAGGUGUUUGACUUUUUGACACUGGCGGCUAUCAUUGACAGCAAGAUUCUGUGCGUGCACGGUGGCUUGAGUCCGGAAAUCCGCAUGCUCGACCAAAUUCGCGUGCUGUCGCGCGCACAGGAAAUCCCCCACGAAGGCGGAUUUUGCGACCUGGUGUGGUCGGACCCUGACGAGAUUGAGACCUGGGCCGUAUCGCCGCGUGGCGCCGGCUGGAUCUUUGGCUCACGAGUAGCCCGUGAGUUUAACCAUCUGAAUGGUCUGCAGCUCAUUGCGCGUGCGCAUCAGCUGGUCAUGGAGGGAUUCAAGUACCAUUUUGAGGAAAAGGAUGUUGUGACGGUGUGGUCUGCACCUAACUAUUGUUACCGCUGUGGUAAUGUGGCCAGUGUCAUGAAGGUAGAGGAGAACCUGGAACCUGAGUUUUCUAUCUUCAAUGCCGUUCCUGAUGACACUCUACAAGCGCAACCUCAAAAGAACCAGCGAAGUGAGUACUUUUUGUAA